AUGACAGCACACGAAGCCCUGAACCCUAUCCACCCGUCCGUCCUGCCUCAUUUGGACCCCGUCUUUAUCAAACUCUACAAUGAAAAUGUCGCCAACACCCCCAACAAGCCCAUAGACUUGGCCAUUCUUCGAUCAAAAUAUUCCGUGUUAUAUUCUUAUGGUACCGGGCCAGCCCCCGAUCCAGCUAGAAUAUACGAUGCAACCGUGCCGGGAUAUAAUGGCGAUUUGAUUCCAGUGCGAGUAUACGAGCCAUCGUCUCCGGGGCCUUGGCCGGUGCAUAUUGAUUUUCAUGGCGGUGGUAUGCACUCCUUCCCUCUCUUGUAUCCUCGGAUCAGAAGACUAAUGCCGACCGCAGGCUGGGGCCUUGGCGACCUCGACACUGAAGCUCAUAUCUGCAAGCAUCUGUCCGUCAAAGCGGACGUUUGUGUAAUCGACAUUGGUUACCGGCUGGUCCCAGAACAGCCGUUUCCCAUUGGCAUCCAAGACUCCUUUGCUGCCCUGGAAUACAUUCAUGCCCAGGGCGCUUCCAAGUUCAACAUUGACACGACCCGCAUCUCCCUUGGCGGUGUCUCAGCUGGAGGAAACAUCGCCCUGAUCGUGGCCCACCUUGCAAGGGAUGCCAGCAUCCCUCUGAAACUCGUCGCGGUGGGCACACCCGUCAUUGACGAUAUCUCCAAGUACGCCUCUGCAAGCGAGUCUCCAUACCCCUCUGUCCAACAGAUGGAGCACGCGCCCACUCUCAACUGGGCCAGGUUGAAGUGGUUCGAUAAUCUCAAAUGGGAAAGCCUUUCCAGCGAUGUGGGUUUGAGGAAGGAGCAAUUAGAUAAAAUCAGCUGGUAUGCGAAUGCAAUGAAUGCGCCUAGUUUCACCAACCUACCCAAGACGGUGAUCUACACUGCUGGCUGUGAUCCGCUACGAGAUGAAGGAGAGGCGUACGCAAUGAAGCUAGUGGAGGGUGGCAAUGAAGUUACGCUUAAAAGGUUUGAAGGCGUGCCACACCCUUUCAUGCAUAUGGAUAACGACUUAUGGCAGGCGAAGGAGUUUAUAGACAAGACGGCUGCGCAUAUUCGGGUUGCGUUACAUUAG